UUUUUUAGUUUUCCAACUUUUUUAUAUUUCUAUGUUUUAAUUCAUUUGUAUUUUGUGAAUUAUGAACUGCAUUGUUGAUAUAUGUAUAUAUAUAUACUUGCUACUUUUGGUAAUCAUGAUUUGCUUUUUGUGUAUGCUACUUAAUUGUUGAUGUACAAUGUUUUGUUAUGCUUUCUGUAUUUAAUCAGCCAUUUUUUCCUCGGAACAAUCAUCUCCUUAUUGUAUUUUUCAAGAAAAUUGUAUCCCUUGAAUCUUUUGCAUACAACACUGCCUUAUAUAGAUAGGUGAACUUCAUUUGUUCCUCUGUUAACUUCUUUAUUUAACCAUAUAUAAACUUCAUUUUUGACGCAACAUCUAAUUUUUCUGCUAGGGUGGCUGGGUAUGAGGAGGUUACUCAUUUGAUUGACCGUUAUUUUGCAGACUGUGGCAUUGGUGUGACUUCAGAUCAAAGCUUCAGUCGUCCCGUAUUGUCUGAAAUAUAAUCACAAACUGUUGAUGGUAUAGAGCAAGUUACGCAGGAGUGGAUGGUGCCGGAUCAGGUCAGUGGAUAUCAAUUUAAGAGACGUAAUAAGGUUUUGAGGUUUGAAAGAGAUUCAAAGGAGUAUGAAGAGAAAAAGAAGCUUAGGAGGGCUGCAGAUUCUGUGAAGAGUACCAAAUUUGGUAAAGCCAAGCAACAUGGUUUGGAGAAGAAGAGUCCGAGUUCUGUUGCUGAGAAAGGUGGUACUCCUCGGCAGAAUCCUCGUGUUUCUUGCAUGGAGAAGAACCUCGGCAAGAGAACUAUUGAAACUGUUGCAGAUUAUCUGAAGUGGAAGCACCCAUAUGUCGAUGACGAGGCUGAGUCCAACGACGAUGACUUUGUGCUUGCUGAUUUUGUAAGGAAUGCCCAAUCUCCUGCCAUAUGGAAAGAUUACGAUACAUCUAAGGGUCAAUCGGCCAUGAUGAAUCAUUGUCUGCCCUCAAGGAUGAGUUUGGUUUUGACCGUUCAUGAAGUAGAGGUGUUAAGUAAUUGCUUGCAAUAUUGAAGGAUUUGGUUGGGAGUGAGGACCCCAUGACGAUUGAUCUUGCUAUCAAGGUUUUCUUCCUGAGCUUUUUUAUCAGAAUUUGCUAUGCCCCGAACCUGCAGUUCGUUUGGGCAGGGUUCGUGCCAUGGUCGAGAAGAUGUAUUAUUUUGCUAUGGCAGAGAUGGACUUUUGCCAGCUUGUUGUUGAUGAGCUGCAAUUAGCUGUGGUGAAGUGGUAGUUAGAAGGUAUCAAGAAGAACUGUGCUGAGGGUUGUGCCAUCGUUCCCGUGAUUAUGUAUCUUGAUUCCUUGAACCUUCGCAAAGUUUUAGUGUUGCACACGUUGAUGCGAAGUGCGUUCUACCUUAUGAAUGAAGUCCUUUUGAAGAUAUACAGUCAGGAUAUUCUUUUCAAGGGAAAGAUUUAUUUGGAAAGUUACAGAUUUGGGAAGCUCCCUGUUAGUGCAUCUGUUUGUUAAUUAUUAUUUUUUGUUUUACAAUUGUGUAAGUCUUCAUGAUUUUUAAUUUUGCAAUCGCGAUAGGUCUGAACCUCCUGUUAUUGACAUCUGCACUUCUUUGCUUUUUUUUAACUUUUUUAUAGUGGAAGGAGUCGGGUGAUAUUGUCUAUGGUCGUCCUGUUGCACUUUUAUGUGGCAACUCUGGUGUAGGUCCUAGCAGUCCUACUAGGUUCCAUGAGCCUAUCUGCAGCUAGUUUGCUUUCCGUGAUGACCAUACGCUGCCUAGUGGGGGUUUCACGGCUGGUCGAAACUUCAAUACUAGAAAGUCUUCUGACAAAACAUUUAUUGGCAAUAGAAAAUACGAGGAGAUCGAUGACCCUCUUCAGAAGGUUAUCAAAUUAACUGAAGAU